AUGCAGCAAGGAUGGCCAUUGAUAGGUGAUUUAUAUGAUUCGUGUAUGAAUUAUACCAACACAAGUAGCAGAAUAGCCGAUAAUGCGUCGCUCAAAGUUUUAGUACCCGUGUUAGAGCAAAUUGCUGAGUUGACGGAUAAAGCUAAACUGUUUCAAUUGGCAGGAGUUUUGUCCAAAACAGGACCAAGCUUUGUGACAGCGAUUGGUGUUUUUCCGGAUGCUCGAGAUACGACCGUGUACGUAUUGUAUGCAUCGCAGACUGGACUGUCACUGCCAGAUCCAGAAUAUUAUUUGGACGAAAAGAAGUUUGACGCGAUCCAUGACGCGUUUCAUGCGUAUGUGAUGAAGUUGUUUAUGCUCGUUGGAUGGGAGUCGCGUGAAGCAGCAUUACAGGCUUCCGCAGUGAUUGGAUUUGAGCAAACGCUUGCACCGCUUUUCGUACCGAAAGAAAACCUGCGAGAUCCUGUAGCAUCGUACAACCGUAUGAGCGUGGCUCGUGCUGCAUCUCGCUAUCCAUUGCUUUUCUCGCGCUUUUUGGGUGGUACAGGGUUGCUGUACAAUCUCACUGCUCAGAACGCUGAUGUAAUUGUUGAUACGCCCGCAUUCUUCAACCGUGUUGAAAAGCUUGUGACUGGAUAUUCUGUGACUUUGGAGACCUUGAAAGCUGUGCUCAUGUACCAGUAUAUAAACUUUUAUGCAGACGUUCUUAGCGAGCCUUUCGUUCAGGCGAGCUAUUUCUUCUUUGCUUUCACUCUUAACGGUCAGAAAGUACGUGCCCCGCGAUGGAAGGUGUGCCUUCAGCGUGUCGUUAAAAAAUUUCCUGAUUUAGUGGGCAAGUAUUUUGCACUUCAGCGCUUCGAUAAUGCUAGUGCACAACUUGCCAGCGAACUUGUAAGACAAGUUCAAGUGUCGCUGCAGAAGAAUUUUGGGAAAGUGGAUUGGUUGGAUGAAUUCACUCGUCGGGAAGCUCUUGAGAAGUUAGCCAAGAUGACCAAUCUUAUCGGACAUUCAACUCGCUUCGAUCCCUUUCCAUACGAAUUACGCGGUGACGCACCCCUUGCAGAUAAUAUGCGGAUCAUUAGAGAGCAUGAGUUUAACCGAGCUGUGGCUCGAAUAGGUCAUCCAGUGGAUCGCAGCGAAUGGGCAAUGGCGGGUUCUGAAGUGAACGCGUAUUAUCAGCCGACAGCAAACCAGAUCGUAUUUCCUGCUGGCAUCCUACAGCCGCCAUUCUUCGCUACUGGACGCCACCCUGCACGCAAUUUUGGCGCUAUAGGUAGCAUUGUCGGCCACGAACUCACGCAUGGCUUUGAUGAUCGCGGGAGAUAUUUCGCUGGUGAUGGUAACUUGCAGAAUUGGUGGAGCAACGACACAGCAAAACUGUUUUCAGAGCGGACUGAUUGUCUUGUAAAGCAGUACGCUAGUUAUGCAGUGACUAGUGGUGCAGAUCAGCACAAGGUGCUGGGUUACGUUAACGGGAACUACACUUUGGGUGAGAAUAUCGCAGACAACGGCGGCGUCAAGUUGUCCUAUACCGCAUAUCAUACAUACAUUACCGAGCACGCCAAGAAGCUGAGCAAGGAGAGUGAAGCUGGAGCGACAGAGCUAACUACUCCAAUGAGUCAAGAAGAGCGCAGCUUACCUGCUGAUGUGGCCGACAAACUUUUCUUCAUCUCGUUUGCUCAGGCAUUCUGCACGAAAGGAAGCGACGCCUAUAUGAUACGAAGCUUAGCCACAGAUCAGCACUCGCCCGAGCGAUGGCGUAUUAACGGAGUUGCAAGCAAUUUGCGUGACUUUGCAAGUGUGUUCUCGUGCCCCGCUAACUCGCCUAUGAAUCCGAAGACGAAGUGUCAGCUGUGGUAA